UCAUUCAUCGUAUUCAACACUCAGAACAUAUAUUUUCUAUCUAUUUUAUCUCAGAACAUAUCUUUUCUAUCUAUAUUAUCAAAAUUUUACGGACAACGCCAUGGCUUGCAACAUCAAGGCCCUUUCCCUUAACCACCAAAUAGUUUCGAGUGCCAGGAAUCUCACUGUUGAUAGGAAAAUGGGCACUGCCUCCGCUGUUUCCGUGCCAGUGUUUCCUGAUACAGUGACCAAAACGACCACUUUGAGUAUAAAAAAUCCUCAGUCGACGGAGAAAUUACUAACUAAAACCGUUGAUGGAAAAGAGGUUUAUAGUCAAGGGAAAUUUGGGAGGUUUGGGGGAAAGUUUGUGCCUGAGACACUCAUCAGUUGUUUGGGCAAACUUGAAGCUGAGUUCAACUUGGUUUUGCAUGAUUCUGAAUUUCAGGAGGAGCUCGCUAUAGCAUUAAGGGACUACGUUGGAAGGGAGACACCUUUAUACUUUGCUCAGAGGUUGACGAAUCAUUACAAGAACAGUAAAGGCGAAGGACCAGAGAUUUAUCUAAAGAGAGAGGAUCUCAACCAUGUUGGUGCUCACAAGAUCAACAACACGAUAGCGCAGGCAAUGAUUGCCAAGCGCAUGGGUCGGAAAAGUAUUGUGGCUGCCACGGGCGCUGGCCAACAUGGAGUUGCAACAGCUGCUGCAUGUGCAAAACUUUCUUUGGAAUGUACUAUAUUCAUGGGAUCCGCAGAUAUGGAAAAACAGGCUUCUAAUGUCCUAUUGAUGAAGCUGCUUGGUGCUAAGGUAGAACCUGUUGAGGGAACAUUUAAAGAUGCGAGUUCACAAGCUAUUCGGGAGUGGGUAGGGAACCUGGAAACAAGCUAUCACCUGAUAGGAACAGUAGUGGGGCCUCAUCCGUGUCCGACCAUGGUACGUGAAUUUCAAUCUGUCAUCGGAAAGGAAACGAGAAGGCAGGCGAUGGAGAAAUGGGGUGGCAAACCAGAUAUACUUGUGGCUUGCGUAGGGAGUGGGUCCAAUGCUUUAGGUUUAUUCCAUGAAUUCAUAAAGGACGAAGAUGUAAGGCUGAUUGGGGUCGAGGCUGGGGGGUUUGGGUUGGACAGUGGCAAACACGCUGCAACUCUAGCAAGAGGAGAUGUAGGUGUGUAUCAUGGAGCAAUGAGCUAUCUGUUGCAAGAUGAGGAAGGACAAAUUUUGGGGCCACAUUCUAUUGGUGUAGGGCUAGAGUAUCCAGGGGUUGGACCCGAGGUGAGCUUUUUAAAAGAAACAGGUCGAGCAGAGUUUUAUUCUGCAACCGACAAAGAAGCCAUUGAUGCAUACCGACGACUUUGCCAAUUGGAAGGCAUAUUUCCAGCCUUGGAGGCCUCUCAUGCAUUGGCUUUCCUGGAGAAACUAUGUCCUAGUCUAGCCAACGGGACCAAGGUUGUUGUUAAUAUCAGCGGCCGUGGAGAUAAAGACGCUGACAUAGUCUUCCAAUACGAAGCCGAUCGACUUAGUGGUUUAAUGGCUUAGUAUCAAAUUAUUGAUUCUAAUUAUCCACUGCCGAUGAAUUCCUAAAUAAUUGUAAAGAGGAACUUAGAAUAUUAACUGAGAUGAUUAUAGUCAUGGAUCUAGCUAUGGAUAGGGAUCUCAUGCAAGUAACGUAUCAAAAUAUUAGCAUACGUAUGGUAUUAAAAUUAAAAUUACAA